AAGAAAGAGAAGAUAAGAAUCCGGGGGGGACGAGUGUGAACAAGAGAAAGUUCCAGGAAAGCAAGAGGGGGACAAUAAUAGGCGGAUGGAAGGAAGGAAGAAAUUAAGGAAGGGAUCUAUCCAGCCAUACAACGCGAUUAAACGAGACAUGAACGAACUAUAUAUUGACCUAUAUUAAACGUAGCUACUCGACUAUUCUCAACUUGUGACGUUUAAAACUAUUUUAGGAUAGUUGAAUACGCAAACUUUGGCUAUUAGGAACCAAGUUAUCGUAGUUUCUAAUUCAUACAGCAACUUCCAGCGUUGCAAGUCACAGCUCACCCCGGAAAAGGAUUUAGCCCCAAGGACCACCGACGAGGGCAGGUCACCGCAGCCGGAGUUUAGGCGUUGCCACACGGCUUUGACCCGGAGCCAUGGCCGGGGCGAAGCCAGGAGUCCACGCUCUGCAGCUCAAACCGGUGUCGGUUCACGACAUACUAAAACGGGGGAGCAAGUUUAUCAAAUGGGAUGAGGAGCCCAACAGCAGCCACCCCACGCUGAUUACUCUGAAGGUAGACCCAGAUGGAUUCUUCCUUUACUGGACUGGUGGGGCCAACAUGGACCUGAGCCCUAGAACCAUGCCUCAGGACUACCUGGCUUGAUGACUCCUUGCUGUCCCCAGUUCACCUGGCCGUGCUGCUGCUCCAGGUCCAACUGUUCUGCCUGCAGCUAUGGAACCCUGACCUGUUCACCGGACGUGCCACCUGUCCCAGACCUGCUGGAACCCUGGCCUAUUCACCGGACGUGCUACCUGUCCCAGUCCUGCUGUUUUCAACUCUCUAGAGACAGCAGGAGCGGUAGAGAUACUCUCAAAGAUCGGCUAUGAAAAAGCCAACUGACACUUACUCUUGUGUUACUGACUUGUUGCACCCUCGACAACUACUAUGAUUAUUAUUAUUAUUUGACAAUGCUGGUCAUUUAUGAACAUUUGAACAUCUAGGCCAUGUCCUGUUAUAAUCUCCACCCGGCACAGCCAGAAGAGGACUGGCCACCCCUCAUAGCCUGGUUCCUCUCUACGUUUCUUCCUAGGUUUUGGCCUUUCUAGGGAGUUUUUCCUAGCCACCGUGCUUCUACACCUGCAUUGCUUGCUGUUUGGGGUUUUAGGCUGGGUUUCUGUACAGCACUUUGAGAUAUCAGCUGAUGUACGAAGGGCUAUAUAAAUAAAUUUGAUUUGA